AUGUCGCUCCAAGUGCACGACCCACGGUCGCGCACCCGUUCCCGCAGUCGCGAGCGUUCGCGAUCGCGCGACAGCCGGGUGCCGUCUCCCUCGCCAUCGCGAUCCCGCCCCCGCUCGCGCUCACCCGCCGUCGAGCUCCCCAAAACGUCCAGCCGAGACUACGGGACGGACGAGGAGGCCGAGAUCGAGAGACAGUACAAGCUGCUGAGUGAGCGCAAGCUGCGGGACUUGGAGGAACCGCGCAACGUGAUCUCUCGCGCGCCUCGCAGCCCCGCUCGCUACGAUCUCAACCGCUCUGAUUCCGACGCCGACAAGUCGCGCCGUCGUCGCGACCGUCGCGAUGACCGGUAUGAACAUUCGGGCUCCGAGGACGAGCGCAUCGCUGCCCGUGCGCGCGAGUAUUCGUCCCAACCGCGCCGCCGCCGCCCCUCCUCUCCGCCUGGUCACAGCAGUCGCCUCGACGACUCGGACUCGGACUCGUUGGACGAUGCCCUAGCCUAUGGCGAUGCCCUGGGCAGCCAUCCCAGCUAUGCGCGCCCGGACAGAUUCCGCUACGCCCAGCCGGCGAACUUCUUGCAUGCUCAGCCGGGUGCUCCGCGCCAGUCCGGCUAUGCUGAUCCGCAGUCGGACUGGGCACCCAUCCCCGAGUGCGAGCGACCGGGCUUUGUGCCGCCGUCCUCUCAAGCUGGAGAGACGUCGGCCAUGCCCGGAGCGUUCCCUCCGGCGUCGACGUACGCCAAUGCAUCUGGGACGGCUGCGCCCUCGUUCCCUGCGCCGCAAUAUGCAAACUUGUCUUCUCAGCAGUUUCCGUAUGCGAGCUCCAGUGCUGGCGCUUAUGUGCCGUCGCAUUCUCGCAACGCGUCAGCCAGCGAUGCUGCUUACCCGCCAACGUCGCAGUAUGCGAGCGUGCCCCAGUACCAGUAUGCGCAGGUCGACCCCAAAGUCCGAUAUAGCUCCAAGGCGCCGCCCAAACAGUCCUACACAGCGUCGCCACAGGAGCAGUUUGGCAAACCUGCAGAUCAGUCGGUUCAGCCGGUCCAACCGAUGCAGUCCUACCGGUAUAGCAGCGAGCCACAGUUUGUGGAAAUCACGCCCGGCGGAGGCCGCGGCCGUCCUCACAGUUUGUCUGUGUCAACGAAUAACCUUGCGGUCACCGGGACCCCGACAGGACCCGCGCCAGCCAGUCCACUGCUGGAGCCGUACCACGGCACCUAUCAAUCCAUCUCGCCCAUGCCGUCUCCGAUUGCUAUGUCCUCUUCGCGUGAUGAAGACAUUUCCGAUCUGGAGCCGCUCGACGGGGGCACCUCUAACUCUGAGUCGGGACGGCGCAACAAGCACCGGUCCAAGUCCGGCACCGAUGAAAGCCGCUACCGCAGCAGCAAAGACAAGAGCAAAGAGAAGGACAGGGGCCGUGACGAGCGCAAGGAGGAUAAGCGUCGCAGCCGACUGAGCACCAGCCAUGUUCGGCAGGACUCUAAUUCUUCGGUUCCCGGAAGCGACGCCUUGGUCCUCAUCUCCCCGACUAGCGGUCGCAAGCGUGUGUCGUUUUACGACGCCGGCGCCGAUGCCGCUGCGAUGCAGUCGGCCCUCAACCACACGCGCAACAUCGAUACUAAACCCAUCAUCCACAUCCUGCCACGGCUGAGUAGCGACGAGAUCCCGCUCCUGCGACAAGAGUAUAAGAAACGGGUCCGCACGCACGGCAAGGGGAUCAAUCUCGCUAAGCACUUGCGUCUGAAACUGGGCACCUCGUCCUUCGGAAAGGUCUGCUACGCCACGGCGCUCGGCCGCUGGGAAUCCGAAGCUUACUGGGCCAACUGCUACUACCAGGCCGGCACAUCGCGGCGCGAGCUACUGAUCGAGUCGCUGAUCGGCCGAUCCAACACCGCCAUCCGCGAGAUCAAGGCUUGUUUCCGAGACCCGCGCUAUGGCGACAGUCUCGAGCGGUGCAUGCGCUCGGAGCUGCGCGCCGACAAGUUCCGCACGGCCAUCCUCCUUGCCCUCGAGGCCGGCCGCCAGGACGAGCGCGAGCCGCUAGACUCGCGUCUCAUCCGCCAGGACGUCCGAGACCUGCACCGCGCUUUGGUCUCGCGCGAUGGGGGUGAGACUGCCAUGAUUCAUAUCAUCGUGCUGCGCAGUGACGAGCAUCUGCGCGAGGUGCUGCGCGCCUACGAGGCAAGCUAUGGGCAUAAUUUCGCGCGGGCCAUGAUUGCCAAGUCGCGAAACUUGGUGGGUGAAACCCUCGCCCACAUCCUCAACGGCGCCAUCAAUCGCCCCAUGCGCGACGCCCUCCUGCUCCACCAAGCUCUGCGCGAAUCCCGGACCGGCCGCGAACGGUCGGAACUGCUUAUUUCGCGUCUGGUGCGGCUCCAUUGGGAGCCCCGUCAUCUGGAGCAGGUCAAGCUCGAAUACCGGCGGCGGUAUGAUGAGCUUCUGGAAGAGGCGAUUGCCGAGGAAGUUAUGUCGUCGAGUGGGGGCAGCGAGUGGGGCGAGUUUUGUAUUGAGCUGGCGCGGAGCUCGAGGGAUAUGGGGCGGUGA